ACCGUUUACUACAAGAGUGUUGCAAUUGCAGCAGAAUUGGAAGAGUAGUAGGGCUGACCCUGUGAUGUCUGUAAUGUGCAAGCUCAGUGAUGACUGAAAGCUCCCGACGGUCGCGCCGGGCUGCUUUCAUAGGCAUUGGUGCACGAGCUGCAGGUCGGUCCUCUCUUAGUGCAAUUAAUCUUGGCAACAGCGCAGGACUGAACUGAAAGAAAUUGGUCGGUGCAGGAAUCUCAGAAGGUUGACUCCUCGGUCAUUCUUGAAGCCACAUGUCCAUGGCCAUGGUUGCACGGACUUCAAAGUGUGUGAGGAUGCUGAUCCUGGUUGCCCUCUUUGGGUGCGGGCUCAUGAGUGGUAUUCACUCGUUCACUAUUGAGCAGAUUGCCAAUUUGGUCCAGGGCCCCCUUUGGAAUCAAAGUAGUAUCUAUAUAUAUACUGGAUAUGGGAGAAACCUGUCAGGUCCCAUUCCCCCUGAGCUCGGCAGCCUGACCAACCUUACCACUCUCUACCUCAGUUCCAACGGCCUUUCCGGGCCCAUUCCCCCGGAGCUCGGCAGCCUGACCAACCUUACCAGUCUCUCCCUCAGUAACAACCAGCUUUCCGGGCCCAUUCCUCCCGAGCUCGGCAGCCUGACCAAGCUUACUUACUUGAGCCUCUCCAACAACAACCUCUCCGGGCCCAUUCCUCCUGAACUCGGCAGCAUGACCAGCCUUUUCCAGCUUUACUUCUCUCAGAACAACCUUUCUGGUCCCAUUCCGCCUGCGCUCGGCAACCUGACCAAUCUCAUUGAUCUCCGCAUCUCCAACACCAACCUUUCUGGUCCCAUUCCUCCUGAGCUUGCCAGGCUGACCACGCUUCAAAGUCUCGACCUUGACGAUAACAACCUCUCCGGUGCCCUCCCGCCCGCGCUUGGCAGCAUGACUAAACUCCAAAUACUCGCCCUUAGCAACAACAACCUGACCGGCCUCAUACCCCCCAGAUUCAGCAACAUGACCGACCUCCGCAUCCUCUACCUUGACAACAACAACCUCUCCGGCCCCAUCCCCCGCGAGCUUGGUAGUCUCACCAACCUGACUUGGCUGCGUCUCCACAAUAACAGACUAUCCGGCGCAAUCCCCGGGGAGCUUGGUAGUCUGACCAACCUGACUGAUCUCUGGCUCACCAACAACAGCCUAUCUGGGGCAAUUCCUGCUGAGCUCGGCAACCUGACCGGAAUAGGAUUCAUAAAGCUUAGUAACAACAACCUCUCCGGGCAAAUACCCCCAACUGUUUGCGGUAAAUUUUUUUACGGCUCGAGUUUCUAUCCUGGAAACCCGGAGUUGUGCUGCAGCAACUGUGUUUUCAGCUCAUACUAUCCAUGUGGAGCUUCUCCAUAUUGUCCAGCUCUUAAGCCAUCAACAUCACCAUCCCCUCCAAUUGGACCUAGUUUUGGUGGGGUUGUUGCUGGAGCUGCUUUCCUCCUAGCUGUUCAAGCCAUCUCGGGGUACUACUAAGAUGUGAUGUCUACAGCUUUGGUAUGCUCUCUUUGGAGCUGAUCUCGGGCGCCCAGUGGUACGCUGGCUCGAGAGCGGAUUGGUGGAGCGGCUCUUCAUAGUGGCGACGGAUAUGAUUAGGCAGGGAAAGAUUGUGGAAGUGGUCGACCCGGCCCUUGGGGCCUGCGAUGCGGAGGCGGCGCGAAUGACAUCCACGUUGCGCUGGUUGCCUGCGGACAGACCCGGCGGCGAGGCGUGGGAGCGCAGCUUGGCUGGCAUCGGCAUUGAAUUCGGGUUUUAGAGAUGACUCCCGUAUAAGAGUGGGAGGACUCGUCAGCGUAUCUUUAUAGUUUGUUAGCCUGAGCUUUUCGUCAAGAGGGCGCCCGUCUCGUAAGAGCAUAAUGUUGUUGGCUUCGAGAUUUGUGAAACACCAAGGUCACGUGAUCUAGCUUCAAGGAGUUUGGCUGCUUCUCUGCUUUGGUUUGUUGCAAACAAACCGCGUCCGACUGUCCAAGAGACACUCUUACAGUGCAGAGCCUAUUGAAAUGCUACGGAUUCCUUGUGACCGUAAUGUGGUUUUCGGGAUUAGUGAGUAGCAUAGUUGCAUAGUUGGAACCUAUUAAAAACAUGCAUAUGUUCGGUGUUGUUCGGCGAUUAGACAGCUAGGUUGUUUUGACUAUACGUGUUCUUCGUUUAAAAGUUAUUUGCUCGUUCGGGGUGUUCUUGUUGACUGCAAAAGGGUUCCGUUGUCCUCAGCGCUAAUUUAUCC